UAUAGCUGCUGCCAUAACGAGAUCUGCUGUAUGACUACAUGUUAUUAUAGUCACGUUUUUUUCUGGAUAUCAUAGCCUACCUUCUAAAGUAACAUCAUGAACUCUAUGAGGGAAGUUGAUCUGGAUACAUACAGUUUGUCUUUACUUACGGCAAAAGAAGACAUCCUGAAUCCACGCUCGUCAACAAACUGGGCUUUAUUUACCUAUGAUGGAAUAAUGAACAGACUCAAACUGUCUGAUUCUGGAGUAGGUGGAUUGAAAGAGUUGACGGAUAAACUUCACCCUAGACGGCCGCUUUAUGGGAUGUGCAGGGUGGGCAAAGCUCAACCCCGCAUCGCUAUGAUAUUAUGGGUAGGAAAUGAAGUGGAUGAGUACCGCAGAGCUGAGUGUGCCAGUCAUUUACCAGCAAUCAGGGCCUUCUUUAAGGAAGUUCACAUCUUUCUUCCUGCCCACACUUUGGAUGAAAUCACAGAGGAGAGGAUCUGUACGCUGGCCUAUAAAGCUGCAGUGGUGACGCAGGGGCCGAGAGGGAGACCUGGCCGCCGGACAGAAGUCAGACAGGCCAUUGUGGGCACUAAUUACAAGCGAACAAUUGCAGCUGCAGAGAUCCAGAGAGAUUAUUUUUGGGCACAAGCGGAGAGAGAAGAGGAGGAAAGGAAAAAGGAGGAACAGCGGAGGGCAGCAGAGGACAGGAGGCAGAGAGAGAAGGAACAAUUGCUUCAGGAAAGGAGAGAUGCAAUAGAGAGAGAGAGGAGGAUGAAUGAAAAAGAACAUAAAAUAAAGGAGCAGAGGAGAAGACAGGCGCAAAUGGAGGCAGAGGCCCAGAAACGGGAGAACAUAAAAUGGGAGCACGAGGAAAGGGAGCGUGAAGAAGAGGAAAUUAGAGCUAGAUAUUCACGCUCUCAAUCAGAGGAAAAAGCUGCGGAGGCAGCAGCUCUGGUGUCGCAACGUGCUGUAAACCCCAGAGAGUUUUUCAGACAACUGUCCUUCUCAAAUGUCCACACAGCCUCCAGUCCCAGCUCCACAUCUCCAGUCAGGAGUCCCUAUAGACGACUGCAUCGCAGUCAGACGGACAAUAUCUUCAGUUUCAAUGAAUCACCUUCUUCUACACCUACAUCUCCAUACAGAUCAUCAAUGGUAUCACCUUACUUUCCAUCGACUCCCACAUCCCGGAGCCCAAUCCUUUUCACUAGCACUAUAGCUUCCUCGCUUCAGAAUGGUGCAGUGGUAUCUACCAAAAGCCAGAUCCAGCUAUCUUCACCUAAGACGAUGGAGCCACGGCUCCAAACUCAACCAUCACCUACAACUGAUGCAACUGCAUCUGAAAUCAAAACUCCUAUUAGUGAUAUACUAGACAGUCUGGUCUUUUAUCCACCUCCACCAACCCCUGAGCAGCUCCAACCAGAUGAAUCAGAGAUAGUGGACGAGUUUCCUCCACCUCCCUCUGGUUUUGAGAAUUCACCUGAACCAUCUGUGGACCAGCCUGAGACACUUGACGACCCCUUAGACCCUAUUCUUCCUCCAUCAUGUGUUUUGGUACCUGAGCCACCCACCAGGCCACUUCCUGCUCUGCCCGUUGCUCCACGAAUGCUGAAAGACCUGGAAGCGGAGAGGGAUUUUACUGCUCGGGCAUUGGUUAUAUCUACGGUUGAGGAGGAGGAGGAUGAAGGGAAUGGAGAAAAAGAGAUGAAAUAUGAGGGGAAAGAUGCAGUAGGGAAGGGAGGUGGAGAUCAGAGAGUUGAAACUGGAGAGAAGAAGAACAGAGGACAGGAGGAACAUGAUGGCAUGACUAUGGAAAAACACAAAAGUGAAAAAGAAUCAAAUGGUAAAAUGAUGGAGAGAUAUGAGAGUGGAAAAGAUGGGAAAAUGUUGGAAGAAUGUGAGAGCGAAGAAAAACAAGAUGGAAACAUUAUGGAAGAACAUGAGAGUGAAGAAGAUAAAGUUGGGAAAAUUGUGGAAGAAUUUGAGAAUGGGAAAAUUAUGGAGGAACAAGAGAGUGAAAAAAUAAGGUUAGAAUGUCUGCCAGAAAAAGAGCAGGAUAGGGAAAUUACAGAAAAACAUGAGGAAGAUCGAAAAUAUCUGGAAGAACAGGAAAAUGAAAAAAACAUAGAAGAAUAUAAGCAAGAUGGGAAUGUUGUGGAAGCAUUUGACAGUAAAAAGGAACAAGACAAGAAAAACAUGGAAGUAUUUGUGACUGAAAAAACACAAUGUGGGAAAAUGAUGGAUGAACGUGGGCAAGAAAAUGAGCAAGAUGGGAAAAUCGUAGAAAAAUGUGAGGAAGAACAUGAAAGUGAAAGGCAAGAAAAUGAGGAAGGUGGGAAAACUGCAGAAAAAUGUGAAGAAGAAUAUAAGAGUGCAAAAGAAAUUGAUGGAAAAAUGAUGGAAGAACAUGGAAGCAAAGAAAAACGAGAUGGGAAAAUUAUGGAUGCAUUUGACAGUGAUAAAGAACAAGAUGGGACAUACAUGGAAGUAUUUGAGACUGAAAAAUUACAAUAUGCGACAAGGAUGGAAGAAUGUGGGCAGGAAAAUGAGCAAGAUGGGAAAACUGAUGAAAAACAUAGUAAAAAUCUGGAAGAACAUGAAAGUGAAAAAGAAGAAGGUUGGAAAGUUGUGGAAGUAUUUGUGACUGAAAAAACACAAUGUGGGAAAAUUAUGGAUGAACGUGGGCAAGAAAAUGAGCAAGGUGGGAAAAUCGUAGAAAAAUGUGAGGAAGAACAUGAAAGUGAAAGGCAAGAAAAUGAGGAAGGUGGGAAAACUGCAGAAAAAUGUGAAGAAGAAUGUAAGAGUGCAAAAGAAAUUGAUGGAAAAAUGAUGGAAGAACAUGGAAGCAAAGAAAAACUAGAUGGGAAAUUUAUGGAUGCAUUUGACAGUGAUAAAGAACAAGAUGGGACAAACAUGGAAGUAUUUGAGACUGAAAAAUUACAAUAUGCGACAAGGAUGGAAGAAUGUGGGCAAGAAAAUGAGCAAGAUGGGAAAACUGUAGAAAAACAGUAA